AUGGCUUCGCGUGUACGCUGUGUUCAAGUGAGAAUACAGAUAUUAUAUUAUUUCGGUGUUCUCCGAUAAUUCGUUCGGCCGAAUACCCGUACGAACAACAAUACUAAUUAUACUCGUAUAUUUAACUCGUACGGUAUUCGGUCCGUUAUGGCAAUAAUUACUAUCGGGGAAUCGAUUGAUUUUUCAGGUGAGACGUGCAGCAGAUGUGCCGACGUUAUUGUUGCUGGCCGUAAUAGUCGGCGACGGGCUGAUCGCGCGAUUGGCGGCGGACGACGCGAGAGUCCACGAAAAGAGACAGUUAGAAAACGAAUGGGCGUCAACGUCGAAAAAAGACCAUAAAGUGAGUGGAAAAAAUAAAAUAAAGAAUAACCUAUGUAAACCUAUUAUUUGGCAAUUGUUUGAUUUACUGCACUUUGGUUACUUCGAAUCUCGUGUUUUCAUCUUGCGUUUUUUUUUCCCAGCACUGGAUAGAAUCCAUUAGAAUCAUCGGGAGAAAGAGAGCGUAAAUUUUUUCUCAAACCACAUACCCUCGCCGUAUAUUCCCAAUCUAAUUUGAAUCUCUUGAUUUUUGCUUACCCCAAAGUUCUUCCCGCCCUCCAUCCGUUUUCCAUUAACGAGUUUUCAUUUCUCGUUCGUGUAUUCAGGGACCGAACACGUACGAGUUUAGGUAUGACGUGGAAAAUGCCCCCACAAACAACGUUCAGUAUCGUAUGGAAGAACGCCAUGCCAACGGAAGUGUCGUCGGGAGUUACGGGCAAGUUCAACCGGAUGGUAAAAUCAGAGUAGUGUCGUAUGUCGCCGACAAAGAUGGUGUUAAGUGAGUAAAAAUAUAAAUAUUGCGUUUAAUUACAUUGUAUAAGUUGCGCGCUCAACAUUUUUAUAUGGGAGCCAAUUGGAGGAAUAAGUGAGAGGGGAGGGAAGAUUAUUAAAGUCAUUAAACAUAUUUUCAGUUAAAAAUUGGUACAUUGUUUGGUACCUUGCGUACUUAGGAUUUAACCAAGAUGGAAGAUUUGGAAAUUAUGUCAUACUAUAACGUGUACCUAGGACGAAAAAAAAUAGAAGGUUAAUAAUUUAUACAUUCUGUAAAAAUCAUUUACAAUUCAAUCUGCCCUAAAAUUAUGUAAAGUUAUGGAAAGUGAUUUUAUAGGAUUCCAAUUGAAAAAAAACGGACAUACUCCGCACGAAAGGUGGGUCACUUUUGUAGGUGAAAAGUCAGGAAAGUAGGAUAUAGAGGGGAACUUAAUGUUUAUUUGUAUGCAACAAUUAAUUAUGGCUAAUGAAAAGAGAUCCUGAGCGGAGUUUGGGUAAUGCGGCUUUUAAUGAACCUCCUGUUAAAUUUUGAAGCAUUUCGGUUUGAUUUUAUCAUUUUUUAUCUACAUAGUAAAACUACCGAAUAAAAAUUACGUACAAAUUUUGCAAAAUUAAAAUGUCUAUAAAUAGCUCAAAAAUAACUUAAAUGUUUUGAAAAUUUAACCAUGCCUAAAAAGAUAAACUUAGGCAUAAAUUUUCUGUUUCAAUUUCAAAUCUACAAAUAUUUUAACUGAAUCACAACAAAAAAACCAAAUCGAAAACAAUACAUUCAUACAUUUUUCAGUUUGUUUUCCGAUUUUCUCUAAUUAUUAUGAAUAGUCCUCUCGAUAAGUCAAAAAAUUACUUUCCAAAAUGAAAUUUUUCUUUCAGAAAAGGUGCUAACUUGAAAAUUGGAGUACACAUAAUAUAACUGGUUGAACAUUUGUUCACAGAAAAAAAAAAUUAAAAAAUAAAUAUUAUUGUAAAACCAAUACAUUCCUUGCUAAAAUAAAGAAAAUGAUCAAAAUUGAUUUACACAUUUUGUGUCUUUUAUCUUAACUUUAAAAUCUAUGAGAAACCCGAAAAAAAGAGUUCAUACAAAUCCUACAUCAUUUCAGCUUUUUCAUAAUUUGUAUCGUUUGUUUUUUAGUUUAAGAAUCUUUUUCGAAAAUUUGUAUUCAAUUUGUUUUCUUAAAUAAUGUAUACCUAUAGAUACGCCAAUUGGCUUUUAAAAUAUUUGAAAUUUUAUAACAUGAUAAUCGUAAACAGCUAGGGAUUUAAAAAUUUAAAAUACACUAAUAAAAAUAAAAAUAAAAUCAAAAGUUUCACAUUCUGUUUUGUUCCUCCAGUUCUGCUAGUCUGCGUUGUAUUUAUGAUGACUGCAUUUUGUUUUGGCAGCCGUUUUACACGCAUAAAAUACAACGACGACAAACAUUAUUCCUCUUAAACUAUUAUGCAUACACCGGAUUUCCUACCUUAGGAAUGAUUGCGUAAUCGUGAGUCUCGAAUAAAUCAACAUACUCGGGGGGGGAAGGGGGAGGAAAACAAAUAAAAUUCAAUUUCAGGUUGAUAGGGUUUUAUUAUUUCUAACAGUGUAUAAACCUCUGUGUUAUUUAUUGUAAGUUUAACAAUAUGAUGUCUUAUUUAUAUUAUACAAUAGUUUGGUUUAAAAGAUUUUUGCGAUUUCCAUUCGAAAUAUAAUUGAAUGUGCGCCAUUGUCAGUCCGGUAUUAUAUAGUAAUUUUUACUUGUCCGAUUUUUAAUCCCAGACAGAAAUGUAUUAUUAUGUAGCCACGCAGGCACAAUACACGCAUGUUAUACACCUUGUACCGAAUGACGCCCUGCAAUAACCGUGUGUUAAAUCGCAAGAGGUCUUUUUUUUUUUUUUUUUUAUAGUACUAUUUUAAUGACAUACGCAAAUUACGAUACCUAAUAGCCCGUUCUGUGUUUUCAUUCGAAGUAUUGAAAUACAAAUUUAACGCGCACAUGUGACAAGGUUCUCCCGAGGGCAGAUAAAACCGUGUUCGUAUCGAUUUCCAAGUCACCAAUUUCAAAACAUGAGACGAAUCUACAAUGUUCUUACUGUUCUUUAGUUAUUUUCCAGGUACGUAUUUACCUUGGAAUUAAAACGCGCGAGUACAUAUCCUUGACUAUCGAAUCGAUUUCAUUGUAUAAUGUAAUUAUUGUGAAACCGUCGGUUUACGACAAAUUAAUUGAAGUCCCUUAAAAACAAUAAACAUUUAACCAAAUAAAUUAUUUAUCUAAGCUGAUGUACUCAUUAUGUAUUAAAAUAUUAUAAUAUAUAUUUGGUGUUGCUGCCCGGUAAUUAAAAUUUUUUUUUUUAAGGGUACUUCUUUGCCCGUGACAACUAAAUUAAUUAAUAAUAACUGGUAUUUUUCAUCCGUUUUGCGAAAUUAUCCCAUAAAUCAAUGAAAAUAAUCCAAAAAUAACAAUACUUCCCUUUAGGGAUUAAAUGUGAAAAGUAAAGUAGCCUAUAUUUUAUUCCUGAAUAUGCUAGAAUCCUAGAACUAAACGUAUGCAAAGUCUCAGCAAAAUCUGUUCAGAAAUUUUUUGCGCAAAGGGGUAACAAAAAUCCAUCCAUCCGAACAAACGACAUACAUAUUCCCAGCCCCCCCCCCUCAUUUAAUUUUUUGUAAUUUUCGUUAAAAUUUGUUUUUAAAAAAACAAAAUCGUCCCAUAAAUUUGGAAAUUAUUUUAUAAAUUAAACUAGACACCACGUCUAGAUAAGUCCAAUAUAAGUAUUAUUACCAAGUUUCAAGUCUCUACGUGUGUUUAUAACCGAAUUACUGCAAAAACACUCCCAAAAAUUAAAAUUCCUAACAAACUCAAAAGUGGCUUAAAAGUUUUGGCGAUGGUACUGUAAGGAACGUAAAUCAAAAAGGCAACAAAAAAUGUGUCUUGUAAUUUUUUAAUCAUUUUUUCUUGGUAGAAAACAUUGUCCGUGUUUUUAUAAAAUAAUGAAAUCAUAAAAUUGUACGUUUCCUUACAUUUUAUUCCACUUAAGUGCUUUUGUUUAAAAAAAUGGCGUCAAAAAAUUACUUGUUUAAAGUACCAUUUAGACAACUUGAGCUUUCAGAAAAGUUGUUACACGUAAAAAUUAGAGCAAGUUUACUAGAAAAAAAAGUGUCCACAGGCUAGAAUAAAGAAAAAAAAAGAAAUAAACAUCUUCGUAAAACUAACAGCUCCCCCUCGCUACGUUCGGAAUCCAAAAAAAAAUUCGCAGUAAAGGUACACAAGUGUAUUAACAGCUGUUGUGGACGCUUGAACCUAUUUACCUUUAAUCUGUUAUAACAUUUUCAUUUGAAGACUAUUUCAGUGGGAUCUAGUAUUUGUUACUAAAUCAUAGCACAUGACGAAUAAUUAUUUUAUAAUUUUUUUAACUACAAAGUAAAAUGGAGAAUUUGUAGUUCAGCUAUGCACUUGAUUUAGAUUUUAGAUUCUGAGCGGAACGAGGAAUGUAUUGGUUUUAUAAUGUUUUUUUUUUUUUUUUAUUAUUAUCUGUGAACAACUUUUCUACCAGCAAUUUGCUCCGAUUUACUAGAUUGUAGUAAUUUUUCUGAAAGAAAAUCUGACUAGGGAGGUAAUUUUUUGUUUUUUCCAAGAGUUUUCUCAAUAAAUGGGAAAACCGGAAAUAAGGUACAAUAUUAAAUAAAUAAAUAUUAUUAAAGAAAAUAUAUAAUGUAUAUGCAAUUAUUUUACCAUUAUAUAUCAUAAAUAUCGUUGACAAAGUGACAUUAUCAACCGAACUCCAUUCAGAAUCGUUUUUUUUUUUUUUUUUAAUGUCAUUUACACCCCUUGUGUUUUAUAGGCACUUCAUAUAAUAUUGAUCUAUAAUUUUUUUUAUUCAAACUAUCGGCUGUUCAUAGGGCGUACGUCAAGGACAACGGUGGACAAGACAAGUACGUGGCCGAAGGGUCAAGCCUGGACCCCGUGCAAAGGGUCACGUCCCAGAUCAUUCAAACAGGUGUGCAGUCACAGCAGCACAGAUCGCCGUUACACGACAAGUAUCACCGGCCGUCACCGGUUUCGGCUACGAGUGCGGGCAAUAACCGAGUGGACACGGCGCACGCGUACCACCAGCAACGGACCAACGUGGACCCGGCCUCGUUUAGGCCCGUCGAUGAGCCCGGUUACAAGGAGACCGAACAACCGUUCGUCGGGGACCAGCUCAAAGACAAAUUGCACUCGUCGCUCGUCGAGUACCAGGUGACCCCGCCUCACCAGCAACAGCAGCAGUUCGUACAGGCCGCCGCGCCGUUACCCCCCGUGGUGCCAUACAACCUGCAGCAGCGUCCGAUGUCCCCACUGCAGGUACAGGCACCAGUUCCGCAGCAGCAAGCGCAUCCGUCUCAUUACCUACUCAACGUGCCUCCCCUGCCGGCCUUGGCCGACAAUUCCCCGCUACCUCUGUUGCCCGGCCAACAACCCCUUCCCAUAACUCCCGACCGUGGGCCCAUUAUGAUUCAAUUGCAACAACCCCAGCAGCAACAGACCAACCAGCAGCAGCCCUAUCCUCAAUAUCCGCCACCACCCGCUCAUGUCUAUCACCCACAAGGCCAACAAGCGGUACAACAACAGUUUACGCAUCCAACCUCAGCGCAACAGUACCAACAGCAGCCGGUGAGGGUGACGCCUCCGGUGCAGCUGCUUCAACCUCAGCAACAUCAUCAACAAAUCAGAUUGGCGGCACAGCAGCAACAGGCCAAGUUGGCACCACAAAAUCAACAACAGGUCCAAUAUCAGCCGCAGCAAGCCAGGGUGGUAACGCAUCAGACGUUACCUCCACAACAGCAGCAACAACAGCAAUUUCAGCAGCAACAACAGCAACAACAACAGCUGCAGCAAAUACAGCAGCAGCAACAAAAACAACAACAACAGUUGCAGCAACAAAAGCAUCAGCAACAGCAGUUGCAGCUUCAAAAAGCGCCGUACCAACAGUCUGUCAUGCAACAACCGUACACGCAACAGGUCAACAUACCGGCCCAGCCGUCGCAGAUGCAACUCAAAGGCAUCGUACAGCAACAACACGCGGUGGCGCCCAUGCAGUACUUUCAUCAGCCCAAUCCGGCCACCACGAUGGAGCAAUACAGGCAGCAGUUGCAGUUGCAGGCCGCCGAAACACAAAUAUAUCCGGUCUUCAUGUUGCCACCUAGCAAUUUCAACGUCUAUGGUUUCAAAGCGAAACGUUUUGAAUAUUAAGGACAUUAUUUUUGUACCGCCCGGAGGAGUGAUGUAAUUUGUGUAAAUUGUACCUGGAUUACUUAUGUUUCAAUUUUAUUUUUAUCGACAACGUUCCGUUUACGUAUAAUUUUUAAUAUGUACUUAUUAUUAUGUAUGCAUAUCUCGUAUAUUAGACUUUUGCUCACCGAACUUAGUAUGUAAUCCAAUACCUACCCAAAAGCCGAAACAGAAUUGUAACUGCAAUCCCGUUUUCGUGCAAAGAUAAAACAAAAAAUAUUAACUAUAAUAUAAUCGGUGACCGUAGUAUAGUAUGCCUACUUCAGUUUUGUAAUUUUUAUAUAUUUUGUUAUAGCAUAUAAACAUAAGUCAUUUUCAUAAUAUAAAAUUGUCUAUAUUUUUAUUUAAAGUCCUAUGAUUAUAAUUCAUUUAGAUUCUAAGCGGAAUGUGGAUAUGGAAUGUUUUGGUGUUAUUACAUGUGUACGACUUUCUUUUUUGUCUAUCAACACAAAACUUUUCUAUUAGAAAUCAUGUUACGAACAAAAAAUGACAAGAGACUUUUUUUGUUGAAUAGCUGACGCAUUGGUAAGGUUGAUUUUCGAUUUUCAUUGUGGUAAUAAGUUGGAAAAACAAAGGAAAAACAGAAAAUACACGGUUUUAUUUUUGUCGUAAUUUUGUUGAAAAUAAUUGUGGAGGUCUGAAAUUUGUACAGGUCACUUGUAUUGAUAUUUUAUCGACGUGGUACAAUUUUUGUAAAAUUCUGGUGAUUUUUGAGAUGUUUAUAGGCAUUUUAAGUACUUGAGUCACAACAUUUCGCAUUAAAACGUUGCGACGUGAUUUGACAAAGAUUUUGCGACGGUUGAGGUGGUGGAAUAGAGAGUGUUAGUUGAGUAGCCGUGCACAAUACCGGCGGUAGUGGCAACAACGUAUGUAGGUUUGAUGAUGCUAUAGAAGGGGCAAUUUGGGCAACGCUGUUGGUGUCGACCAAAGAGUUAUGUUCAAAUUUUGACGAAAAUCGAAAGAAUUACAGCAUUUCAAAACAUGUUUAAUCGAACUUCACUCAGAAUCGUAUUUCGUCAGCAACUAUUUAUCGUUGCAUCUAAAUACAAAUUAAAUAACUUUCUGUAUUAUAGUAAUUACAAAAUUCAAAAUAAACUGCAGUUAUUACUGUACACCUCAUAUACGGGUGAACAGAUUUGUACAAAAUAUUUUCAAUGCCGAAUGUUUUGUAUUUAAAACAUGUAAACAUAUAUAUUUAAUGCAAUUUAAGUAAUUUCAAGUUUAAGAAACACAUAAAACUGGAAGGAAAUUACAGUUGUUUUACCCGUUUAUUUUAAAUGGGAUGAAUUAUGAUAACAGUUUAUUUUGAACUUCCAUAAUUAUUUACAUUUUUCUCGUUAUCAAAAUAUUUGAGUCUAUUAACGAAACGAUUACAAGUGACUCGGAUUUUACACCAAACACAUGCUUUACAGAGUGAACUCUUCAAUCCCAUAGAGUAAUUUAAUUUAAAUUAUUGUUUUUUUUUUUUUUUUUGGUAUGAUGAAGACUUUUAACAUACAUUGAAAUAGGAUGUCUCUGCAAGGCAGAACAGUUAACCGUAUAAACUACGUUUUGAGCAAAAAAUAGAUCGUAUAUAGACCCUUAAUACACAAACUAAAAUUAAUUGCAUUUUUUGUUAAGAAAAUGUUAAGACUUUUUAAUUGUAAGUGUUAACAGUUUUGUUAUUAGUAAUUAUUUACAGUUUGUAAAAACUACGGGCAGGAUCUUUAUAUAGUAGGUCUUGUGCUAACAUAAGUCGAUGACAGUUAAUGCGGUAAGGUUUCGGCUAAAUGAUUCUGAAAUACUGCCAGAAAAUUUCGAUUUUAACUUGUAAUCCGAGUAUGAAUGGCAUUCGGUCAUGAAGUGGGUAAAUUAAGUAACACAGAAAGAACGAAUAGGAGGAUCAUUCUUAUACAUUCAAAUAUAUAAGUCUCGUAAGAAUGACUUCAAAAUGUCUAGGUAAAUCUAAUAGAAGCGGUCAAAUUGAACAUUGUGAUCAUGUAUGUAUUGCAAUACCAAUUAUCUAGUCUCAUAUGAGUGCAAUCGUGUUCGAUGAAAGCUAUAAAGUCUUAUUCGGUUAUAAUUAGCACUUUUAUCGCCGUCAGAGUGUUUACUCUUAUUUGCAUAUACUUUACUGCAGCUCAAUCAGCUACCUCGUUUCCUGAAUUGUUUAAAUGUCCAGGAAUCCAAAUUAUUUGAACAUCAUAACCGUUUUAAUUUAUAUAAUGUACUCGGUUUUUGACUUGUAUAAUAUGAAUGCCAUUUUUUCUAUAUUCAAUGUUCUCAAUCGCACUGAUUCUUUUAAAAAUCGGACACACAUCUGGUGGGUUAUAAAAUGUUAGAAAUAUCAUAAUAAUAUUAUUAAUACGUUAUUUACGCCUUAUAAUCUUAAAUCUAUAUUGAUAUGCGAAACAAUAAAAUACAAAUCUGAUCUAAUGCUUCACGGUUCGUUGAAUUUAAAAAAUGUGUCAUAUUUUUCACGAACAUAGUGUAUAAAAUAUUUUAUGUACGUUAUAAAAUUAAGUCAAACAUAUAAUAUGUCGAUGACUUUAAAACGAGAGUUGGGUACAUAGCUAAACAUAAUUUUAGCGUUAAAAAAGAGGAGGCCAACAUUAUCUGAAAUUAUCAUAUAUUAUUAUGAAACGGUACAAUUUAGAACAACUUUUUUUUUUCUGAUACAACAUUUUUAAAUUCCAAAUGUUGCCAUUCCCGAUGUUGCCGUUCCAUGUUUUUCUAUUGCUGGUAAUGUCUAUGCGUUUAUACAAAAGUGAUUUUUUCGAGAUUUCCUUUUGACAAUAAAUAAUGUCAGACGAUAAUGAAGAAUGAAUGAUGUAACAAUAAUAUUAUUAUCAAACGGAACGUUACGAGGUUAAAGAUCGAUAUUCUAUUUUUAUUAUUUUCACAACGUGAAAAAUGUGCAUAGAUUUCCCCAUAUCGAGUUAUUCAUUUGUCACAUUUGAUCAACCGUUCAAUCGAAUCAUUCGGUCAUCGAUUAGGCAUAAUAUUAUGUUAUUUAAUCCGACGUGAUUUUCGACGGCAGGUCGAAUGUCGUCAAGUAUCGUUGCGGAGCGAAGCUUAUAAAAUGUCAUUACGAUUUAUGUAUUGCCUGGCCGAACGGAAUGAAUAACGAUCGAUCGAUAUAACAAUAACUAUGUAUAGAUUGAUACAAGUAACCACUUUGAUGGCGAAAUCGAUAGGUACAGGUCCUUUCGGAAUCGUUUUUUAAUCCGCUGACAAGAUUGACGCUAUUUUAACAGAUUCGAUAAUAAUAAUAAUAAUAAUAAUAUAAAUUCUCGAGUGGGUACAGGUGCCAUUAUAAUAUUAUUACUUAUAUUUAUUAGAUUGACCGGCGUGCGGUAAUUCACUUAAUCGUUCGAUAUUUACUCAUUGUGUUAACUAUAUUGUUAGAUUCCGAUUUUUAGAAACACGCCACACUAUAUAAUAAUAUACAUUCCUUUCUCCCAUCGUAACAUAUAAUAUUAACGAAGGCAAUUGUGUGCGAGUAUCUGUAUCGGGUAACCUAACGCUAACCGCGAAAGAAAUUUCGACUUCACGCUGCAGUUUGCCGGAUCGCAUAUUUCCGGUAUUCGUGUUGUCACCUACAAUACAAUAAUAAAUUAUUAUUAUUUAAUCAUCAUAACGUUUUCGAUUCCUGCAACGGCAUUUUAUCUGCUGCUCAAACAAAACGCAAUGCAAUAUACGAUCAAAUAAAAUUGUUCACAUAUAAUGUGAUUGCAGGGGACGUCUAUCGGAUUAAGAGUAUGUGACUCAACGCAUAACUAUAUUACACCUAAUCGAAUCCGAAAUCCGUGUCGUUCGUGUCAUAAAACGCAAUUUCCAAUUAUUGAUUAAAUAUUCAGCGUCUUGGAACUUUUUUACGAAAUAUUCUUGAAUAAUAUACGAUUAUAUCAUAUUUAGGUUCACACUCGUUAUUGUACACUAGUAUAGUAUCACACACAUUUUUUUCUGUACCUUUGUGGUGUUAUCUACUUCAUAUUUCUCAAUUAUUCGCAAUAGAAAGCAAACGUACUAACACCUGGUGGCAGCAACGAUAAACUUUGUAACGAGGUUAAAAUCCAUAUCGCAUUAUAUUUCUUAUGUCUAGUAGCCCCGUUAUCAAUAUUGUUAUUACAUAGCCCCUACAUUUCCUUUUGGUCACAAACAGUAAGGUAGUAAAUAUAUAAUUUAUAUGACGGACACAAUUAAUUAUUUUUUCGAAAAAAACUUUCCGACAAAAUACGUUUCCAACAAAAUACGGUUCCUACAAAAUACGGUUUUUACAAAAUAUUUUCCCCAAAAAAUACGAUUCCAAAAUAUUUUCCAAUAUUUUAUGAGCUCCCCUUCUAAAGAACCACCCCAAUCAGAUUUCCUUUCAGAAAAAUUGUUAUCAUUGUAAAUCUGAGAAAAAUUGGUGGUAGAAAAGUUAUUCACAAAAAAAAAGGCAGUAAUAUUCUUUAACUAAUACAUACAUUUCGUAUAUUUUCCCGGUUUUUCCCAUUUAUUGGAAAAAAUCUUGGAAAAAUUGAAAAUGAUCUCCCCAAGUACCACCUCAGUCAGAUUUCAUUUCAGAAAAAGUACUAUACUUGAAUAUUUGAGCGAGAUAUACAAGAUUUCUGGUAGAAAAGUUAUUUAUAGAUAAAAAUAAAUAAAAAUAUCAACAUCAUUGUAAAACCAUAAUCUUCUUCGGUCCACCCAGAAUCCUAAACCAGAAAAUAACUUAGUCAUAGUAUAAUAAGACGUUGUUUUGUUAUGACUACUAUAUUAAAAAGUUUAACAUUAAACUUAAUUCGAACUCUUAGUUUAGUUUUUUCUUCGUACUCUCCAUAUACAAAGAGAAAACAAUAACCACCAAGAGAUCAGAAUAAUUGAUUUAUAUAAAUUAAAAAUAUUUAGACUAUAUUUUAGGAUUAUCCUUUAAGGAGAGCAGGGCCCAAAAUUCGGUCCUCAGAACACUAUCCUCAACAUUUUACUUAAAUUGAGGGCUUCGCGUUAGGAAAAAAAACCUAAUUAUAACAUAAUAUUAUUUAUUUAUUUAUAAUUAUUUAAAUAUGAAAAUAUUUAAAAUAAUUAUGUUAUUUUAUUGUGUUUUAGAUCUUAUACGAUUCACAGAAAAAUAUAAAAGUAAUUUCCGAUAAACAAAGCAGAUAAAAAUGUACAAUAAUACACGGUUACGCAGAUCAGCGGGGGUUAAGAGAUGGUCAUCAAUUUUAUGAAUUUAAAUAAUUUAUAACAGUUCGUGAGCUAGUAGUACGUAGUCGAACGAUUACGAUUCGAAGACCAACAUAUUUUUUCUCUACCUACUUAACCAUCAUUUUGAUUUUUCUAAUUUAUAAAUUGUAAUUUUAACAGCCAGAUUUGUCUGUUUAAUAAUAUUAUUGUAAUCAAUAGUGAUAAACGCAGAGGUCGUUUCGUAGGUACCUCCCUAAAAUAUCAGAAACGUUCUCUUCUCCCCCCCCUCAAAAAUUAAAAUAAAUAAGAUAGCGUAUUUUUUAAAAAAAUUUCAAAAAUAAUAUUCACUUGUGUUCGCCCCCGGAAAUCAAAUGUAACAGUAAUGAUUUUAUUCCGAUCAUUAAACACAUUAAACAUGCGUGACUGUCUCUGAAAUGAAUGUGCAUAAUAUCUCUGCAAGUUUUUAGAAAAAAAUGUUAAUUGUUCUAUAGUAGAAUAUUUUAUUAAGUAAUAUGCGCGCAAUCAGUGGCAAACCAUACACAUCAGGUAAUAUUAUUAUGAAUUCAAUGCAACAUAAUAUUUUCCGGUGGAUUUUAUUGUCACGUAAAAAGCCUCCUUUUCAGCUGACAACAGUCGUAUAGUAUUAUUGUAAUACAUAACGAAUACGUAAUAUGACAGCGAACGAUUUUUCCCCAAUUGUUGUGACAAUGUAUAAACUGAUAUUGAAAUGUUCGUCCUAAAUAUUAUUUGUACCAUAAUAUAAUGUUAUACGAGUAUAAACUGUAUACCUAUACUAUAAUCUAGUUUACCAAUUGUUUCAAAGGAAAGCGAAAUGCGAGUAGUCUCUCAAAAUGCGGUCUAUACAAAUAUGUAUUAUAAUAUCGACUGAAAAGAAAAAGUGAUGCAUGCGGUUUAGAAUUGCAAUACAACGUAUAUGGGGCGUGAAGUUAUUUACAGGACGGGCGGGUAGCCAGAGGGGAGAAGCUAUGAUAACCCUUCUUCUCGCGAAUUUUUCGAACAAUUCAUUGAAAAAUAAUUGUACGGUUAUAAUAUUUUAUUUUCCUGAGGGCGUUUUCUUAAAUUUACACGGAACGUCCACAUUUUACAUCAGUAUGUACAUUUUUGAGAUUACCGGAUCUAUAUUUGUAUCAAUUAAAAUUAACCUUAAUUAGGAAUAUUACGGGAUGAUUUUUCGUUAUUAAAUUAAAUUAAAUACAUUAUUAUAAAUAUGUAUUUAUAAAAUUGAUUUUUUUUAUUUUUUAGUAUAAUAUAACCUAUCUAUAACCCUUCUCUACUCAUCCGGUCUAAACUUUAAACUGUUAUAACUCAUAAACGGUAAAUAUUAAUGGUAUGCAUAUAGAAAUGUCUAGAAAAAUAUUCUCUAUUCAAAUUUGUGUUCAAAAGGGAGUGUUCUUAAUUGAAAAUCAAAAGUAUGUAUUUAUUUGUGGUACUUGAGGUAAGGGUAAAAAAUUAAAAAUGGAUUUAAAAUAAAGCUUAAACAAUUCCAUAAUGAUUAGAAAAAUUAGAAAUUGAAUUCACUUAAAAUCCUCUGAGAUAAUUGCUGGUUCAUGAUAAAAAUAAUCACUCUGCAUAUUUACAUUAAUCAUUAAUCAAUUUUGUAGAAGACUUACAAAAGAAUUGAAAAAUAUGAUGAAAUAACUAGAAAAGUCACUUUUUCCCACAAUACCCUUCAAGUUAUGAAUAAAAUUAUUUUCUUGUUCCUGGAUGGUUUGCUGUUUUGGCGCUACAACUUGCUGCGAAAAAUUGAUUACAAACAGAAAAUAAAUUAUGGUACCUAGCUUUUAUAGUAGAAUAUGUUCUAUAAAAUCUGUGUAUUGCUUAUUAGUAAAUUUGUAUUCAUUUUAUAUUUACGCAGUGUCAACAUUAAAACUAGUAGACAAUUUGAUUUUCCUAAUAUGUAUUAAUGAUUGUUAUGUUGGUAUAUAUGAUAAAUUUAAUUUUGGAUUUUUUUUUGCAAUCUACAAUAUUAUAUAAUAUAUGUAAAUAUGAUAAAUAUCAUAAUGUAGACAUUAUAUAUCAUUUCAAAAUUAACAUUUUAGUCCGCUUUACAUUGGUUUUUAGAUCAUUGAACUGUUUACCAAUGAGAAAUUCAUGGAUAUCCAUAAUCGUUUCCUAUUUGAAACGAGGAACAAACGCAAAUAGAAUCCUCAGAUCGGCACUUUUCAAAAAUUGAAUAGUAUCGAUAACACGUGUUUUUUUAUCGUUGAUCCAAACCUGAUACUAGUGGCGGCGGGAAGUUUUUUUUUACCUAAUCACCGAUUCGAUUUUCCAUUCACCCAUCUACCAAAAAUACCUACCACACCCUACCACACCUUAUCUGUUAUCUACAAUUUUUUUAAUUUUUUGCAAUAUUUUACAGGUUCCCUGGGGGUUUUUAAUGAAAUUUAUCGAAUUUCCGCAGUCUAAAAUUCUUUUAAAAACAUUUUUUUUGUAAAAACAUAGUUAUUUUUAUUAUAUUUCUGAACACCAAGCAAUCUACGAUCCAUUCACACGUUUUUUGUGAAUCACGUGAUUGAUUCAAACCAACACCCUUUACGUCGCCAAUGCCUGAUACUGCUUCGAGGAAGUUAUAUGUUCUAAUGUUAUAGUCCUAUAUGUAAACCUUAAACUUGGUCGAUGAAAAACCCUGUGAGAUUUAAAUAAACCGGUGGGAGGGAAACGCAAAAAAUGUGAUAAACGAUCGUCGGAUUCGAACUUAAGACCAUUGGGACGCCGUUAGAACAGAUGUUGAGUUGUACGACAAGGUUCCUAUACCUAUACUGAAAACGAAUAACGCCCUGCUGGUUAAUCAUAGGAUUCUGUGGCUCGUUUCAAACAGAGAACGUUAAUACACAUGUCGGAUAUACGUCCGUUUCGAAUUCUGUCGGUUCAUCGGAGACGAAUCUCGCGGUUUGAAGACGGUUGCGGGAAAUAAGGAAUCGCUGUGAUUUUGCUUUUACGUGCAAUCAACUGUACCGUCAUAAAUAAAUGCCGGACAAAUGGAGACUGUUGUCGGCAAAACGUUUAUUUAUAUAGCUAUUUUUCUGUUUUUUUUUUUUUUUUUUUACCAUUUUGAAAAGCGACCGAAACGAACCUAGUUGCGGCACCGGUGAACACUGGCGGCUCGUGUGAUAUAUAUUUAUAUUAUAAAUAUAUUAUUAUCAUGCGCGCGCACGCUCACGUAUAUUUUCCUACAACAAUUGCGUGAAGUGUUUAGUAGGGUUUUUCUCGGUACAACACAAGGCCGUGUUCGAUCACGCCUUGUUAAGUGUAUAUUUUUCGGUUUGCACAACCGGAGAAUAUAUAGGCGGCAUACUGUUACGAUUAGCCAUGGCGUGCGGCGAAUGAUCCGUUUACAGUAAAGAAGUUUCGACAUUUCUCCCGGUCGCGUGUGCGUAUGUUUUCUGUCUCGUUCGUCGAACUUGUCAUGCCGAAUUUAUAUUAGUUCGCCGCGCAUUUGGAAACGCCGCCGCUUGCCCGAAUUUAAAUUUAUACGUAGCCGACGAUUCCGCCAAUUAAUUUUGCCCCCCCCCCCCUUACCGCAUCCAGAGAGAUUUUUUUCGCUGUUGGCUUAAGGCCACAGCAAACACCGCGACAUUUUUGUCGAAAAGACCUAAAUGCCUAACGAAAAUUGAGGUAUACUCUGUGGUUUGAUUUUGGAAAAAUCAAAUAUUUAUGUGUUAUCUAUUAUAAACAAUUUUACUUUGCGUCGAUCGAAUCGUAUUCACCAUUGAAACUUAACAAAUCUUUAUAAAUUUCAAAUUUUUUACUCGCGUAAAUAAUUUUAUAAAAUUAUAAAAAUGCCCUAACUGAUGCUAAAUAAACUCGUUUACGAGUAAUUAAAAUAUGUUUUCAUAUUUAAAAUCGAAUUAAUGUAAGUAAUCAAGCGUAUAACUGCUUCAUACGUUUAUAUACAACGUAAAACGGCCAUACUCCUUCACUUUAAAUGUGCAUUAAUGGGCAAUUCCAAUUAAAAAUGUGGUUAUUAAAACUUACAAAUAUUUUUUUCAAAUUUUAAAAAUUAGGAAAUCAUUUUUAAAAUCAACUACAACCCUCUUAAUACCAACCCUUCGUCCACGCCGACAUACUAUUUUGCGUGCCCGGAACGGGGGAAAACGAUUUUGUUUCAAUGACUUUAUAUUUGACCAUUCCAAAUUAGGUAUGUUUUAUUUGGAAUGUUUUUCUCAAUUUCAAAAAGUUUUUAUCCAGAAGAAUUAAAAAUGAUCGCGGUAUACUAGUUUUAGACAAAAAACAAUAUCAAUCAAAGAUCUGAAUUUCAAUCCCGGGUGGCAAUUUGGCUAGAUGGACUACAAAUGGGGUUCAACCACACCUCGAAAUCUGAUUUUUAAAUUUCGGUGUUUAUAUAAAAGCUCUCACCCUUGAAUUAUGAACAUUUUUUAUUUCUGGUUCCCUUAGCUACAUUGAAAAAAAACUUGUAUUCUUACAUUCCAUCAAGUAGAACUUCGAGAGUCUGCUACGUUAUCACCAAUGGAAGAUUUGGAACUUAUGUGUAUAAUGGAAUGUAUUUAUUUAAUUAUGCGUUUUUCACUUACCCCAAGUUGAGAAACGCUGGAUAGUUUAAACGCAAAAUAAAAGCGUUUUCGGUCAAAAGAAUAUCAUCCGAAAAUCAUUAUUCGAAAACAAUAUCGACCGACCGUGUCAUCAUAUACUAUACAGAGACAUAGAUUAUAUUAUAGAAACCGAUAGAACGAACACAAAACGUCCAUAUUAUGUUAUUUCUAAUAUCGCGUACCAUUAUCUAAGCUAAUAUCACUUGUCCGAGAGGAUACUUUAUGUUGUAAAGAAUAAUGGAAGUAUUUACCUGCACAACAAAUACUCCGAUACUCUUAUUUAACGUAUAGGUCGAGAAAUCGGCCGCUUAAAUCAUAUACCUAUUCUAAUACACAUGAAAAACUUUCGUUUUUCAUCAAAUAAAUUCCGACAAAAAAUUAUAUCGAUAAUAUUAAAAUAAUUAAAACAAAAAUAUAAACAUUUAUUAUAUUUUGGAUAAGUUACCGUUCAGUUCAGUUGGGGACAUUGCACCAAAAAUCAAUUCUAAUUGAAAUCUGUUUUUCAUCAUACGACGAAAGUAUCACUAAUUUACAAUAUAAAAUAUUGGAAUUUGACGAAUCUAAAAGUUGUACAACUAAUUUAGGUUAAUGAAACAUAAAACCUAAUACUACGAUCAUGCGAAAUCACUAAUCUGCGUUCAAAAUAUAUUAUUAUGCGAAAUGCAAUCUAUAUUAAUUAUUAUGAAAAUAAAUUUUAGAAUUCGAUGAUUAAUUUUACUAUGCUGUUAAACUGUGUAUGGUUUUUACGCAAAAUUUAACACGAUAUACUCUUUUAUUUAAAUUUUAAAAGAAAAGUGAGUAGUAGGCAAGGUAUAAUAUAUAUAUAAGGUAUUUAAGUUUAUAUACAUGAAAAAACGAUUUUGAGAGCAGUAGCAAUAAUAGUCGUCGUUUUUCUCUUAUUGUGAAUAAACAGUAAUCAGACUACAUAAAAAAAAUUAAACUAAGAGGUGAACUAUAGUAGAAUUGUCGAUAAAUGUUUUAAAUUAAUUACUAUCAAACGAAAAAUUCGUAUCUUUUAAGAUAAGACAUGAGCAAAUCUGAACAUUUUUACUAACUGUAAGAUUUCCGAAAGAAAACAACUACAUCUUCGUAAAACUAUAAUAGCUUUUUCGCUUUAUUCGGAAUCUAAUAUUAUCUGUUUAAAAAUUAUAUUCUAUUUUUAACAAAAUAAUAUCAAGACAUUUAUCGAAUCGUUUUAAUUUCAUUAACCAAUCUAUAUGUAGGUACUCGCGCCUAUACAUACAUUUUUAAUGUCAUAGUGCAUUUUAAAACGUAUGGUGUCGAAAAAAUAUACACCUAUGAUUGGUCUUAUUCGGAAUAUUAUACUUAUAUUUACGCACUCACAUUGACUUAUACAUAUUAUAUAUAUAUAUAUGUAUAAGUAUAUAUAGAUUAUUAUAUAUACGUAAUUAACAAUUGUACAUGGUCGAAUGGUUCUGCUUGUCAAUGUGUAAUAGGUAUGAAGUCGUUUAUACCGCUUUCAAUAAACAGUAGGUAAUUUUUUUUUUUUUAUCAUUGUCAAGAGUUUAUAGGUUUUAUGAUCUAUAUAAACGAUAUAUUAUUAUUAUUAUUGUAUAAAAUAAAUGAGAAAAAAAUUACAAUGUGUUUUAUUAUUAUUAUUAUUUUUUUUAAAGAAGAAAAUAUAUUAUGUAGGCCGUUCAAUUUUAUGUAUCGAAGGUCGGCAGAUUACAUAACAACUGCAGCAAAAUUCGUAGUUUUAAAAUCUUUUAUACAGUUUAUAGGUUAUUUAUUAGCUCGAUUACCCGGUAUUUCCCGGGCUCACCCUCAUCCCUAUUGCAGUUAACCGUUGUCGCCCGGUAAUUUAUCUUUUAAAAAUGAUAUUACCGGCAAUUAAAUAAUGACAACUGUUUUUUUUUUUUUUUUUUUUUAUUAUUAUUUGUGUCAUUAAGGUAACCCAGAAAUCAACCAAAAAAAAUAUAGAAAGACCAACUGUGAGCCACACUAAAGAGGUUAAAUUUCAUGGCAAAAAGUAGACAUUUAUUUUAAAUGUUAGAAUUCAAAUUUUCAUCAAGUUUGGUAUAAAACUGUAGAUAUUUUUAGUGGACGAAAUUUCGUUUUUAUAAUUAAGAUAAAUAUUUUUGGAAAUUAUUAGAAUCCAAAUAGACUAUGCAAAAAUAUCAAAAAGUUGUAGGUGUUUAAGAUAACCAAAUUUUGAAAACUUCUUUAUUAAAAUUCAUAUACGCUCACGUAUAAAAUAAACUAAAUAAAUAGUCUAUAAUUCACAUAUUUUUCUGAAAUAACUACAUUUAUAUUUAAAAUAAUAUUUUCUUCACAAUUCAAUUAGAUGCACAUUGAUAUACGAUAUUAACGUAUAGAUUAUUAAAAAUUAAAAAAAAUAUAUUGAGAAGUCAAGACACAGAGAGUAAUUUAAUUUAUAUUAACGAUUAACAAUAAACGUUUCAGAGCGAAGUUUGAUUAACCAUGUUUUCAUAAAAUUAAAUUGGGCAAAUUGUACCCAUAAGUUACAUUACACAAUGUUCCUGUUUUCGGCUCAAUUUUUUAAUAUGUUCAUUUAAAUUUAAACUUUAAACAUUUUAAAUGACUUUUUUAAUAAUUAAAUAUACCACCGUAACAAAAAAUUUGGCUGGAAUUUUCUUCACAGAACCGUCUUACAUCAACUACCACCCCCUCCCCCAUCCAACUUAGAGACAUCAUUGAUAGGUGUUUACCCGUUUCCACCAAAAUUUAAAAUGCCCGGUUCCAUCAUCGCUGGUUUCCUCCAAUAUACCUGCUUUGGUAAAAUUUGUUUCCAUAAAUUUUACAUUUUGAGAGAAAAUUUUUCAUUUUUAUGUCAUGACAAAGUUAUAUCAAAAACAUACUUUUCUUAAUAUAUAAUAUUUUGUCUGUUUAUUCAAUUUACCGCCUACAAUUUAUUACAUGAAACGGAACAAACAGACACAAUAUUAUAUUAUAUUAUGUAAAAGUAACUUUUUGAUAAAACUUUGUAAUGUAAGUAUAAUAAGUUUAGCAGGUAUAUUGUCGAAAACGGGAAUCAAACCUAUUUUUAAUUUGGUAGAAACGGGCAAUGGCGGAAACAGACAUUUUAAAUUUUGGCAGAAAUGGUACAUCCCCCACUGCUGUGAACCAUCUUUUAGAGGUUAAAUUUUGGAAACCCGCUUCAAGUUACACACGGAAUCGUUCAAUCGAUUCGUGUCAUAGAUUCGGCUAUGAAUCGCGCGCAAACAUUUCCUAUUAUUAAAAUAAAUAAGAAUAUUAAUUGAUGGCUAACAUUUUUAAUUUUUUUUUCAAACCGCAAUGUAAGAUAUAAACUAAAAAAAAAUAUGUUAAAUUAUGUGACUCACGAGUUAUUGUAAUUUUAAAUUAUAUAUUGAGUUAAGAGACCUGGAGUAGCAAACUUUGAGUGGACAUAAUAUCAUUAUUAAACAGAUUAAUAGAAAUCCAAUGUAAGAAAUACCAUCUAUAUUUUCGUAUACGUAUUCGUAUAGAAUCUAUUCAUAAACAAUAACAUACAUGUUCCGAUCAUUUUUACGAAUAGUUUAUUUGACGAUAAUAAUUAUACCUCUGUAUCGAAGAUAUUAAAAACAGCUGAGAUUAAGAGGUAAGAGGUAAGAGUACCUGCAUAUGUGCUGUCUCCGUUUUAGAAACAUACGACGUAGCAAUUUCGCAUUCAGCAGAGACAAUUUUGUGCUAUUAGUUUUGUUAUUAGCGUGAAUUUACAAAAUUAUUAUUAUUAUUUAACUAAGAGUUAAGAACAUUAGUUAUCUGUGCAAUCGCAGAGGUGUUUUUCGAUGUUUUAAUUUUUAAGCGAAUUAUAAAUAUGCGAAUUAUCGAAACCCAAAAAAAAAAUUAUCUCGGGUAAAAAAUAAAAUAUCGAAAAACACCGGAACAAUUGCACAGAUAAUGUUCUUACCUUUACGUUUGAUAAUAGUUCGAUUCGGCACUAAAAAUUAAAACUGAUUGCGCACAUUUUUCCCUGCCGAACGGAAAUUUGCUAUGUCCGUAUACGUUUAUAAAACGGAGACAGCACAUACACGGGUAUCACGUCCUCUUAAUCGUAUAUUUGGAAAAUAAAAUUAAUAACGUUGACAUUACGAGCCGUAUGUGUAUACUAAGUGCCUACUACGAUUCCUCUCGUGCCGCGACAUUGUCCGGAUAUGGACGAGAUUUCGAAAAUAUAAAAAAUUAACGUAAAAUCAAUUUUGAAAAUCCCCACCGCCGGAACAAAUAUUAUAAUAUAGUAAUGAAACCUCGAAUGUCAACCGAACGUUAUUGUAAUGGAUACCGGCCUACCUACCUACCUAUACACCUACUGGCUACCAUAUCUUAUAAUAAUUACGUACCCAAGUACCCAUAUUCUGUACGAAAAAAAAUAAUGAACACAUCCUAUACGUGCGGAGUAUAGCGUUUCGUCAUAUAAACAAAAUAAUAACGUGUAUGUGUUUAUUGUACCCGCGUAUGCAGCAACGUUUAUGCAAUGUUUGUGUUUGCAACACGGAUAGGUACGGUGCGGACAAAAAGUGGAAGGAGCCCAGGACCGGACUGCAGUUAUAUAUACCGUUGAUCGCCGAACAGUCAGUACAUUACACCGGUACAAGUCGUUAGAUCGAUCUAGAACAAACUCAUAUUAUACAAAUAUAUACUGUGCAGUUUCAACCGUUUUUUCGUGUUUCGUAUUUUCGUCCACACACAAACAUCAAUAUGUUUUCCAAGGUACAUAAAGCAUACCUAGUAAAUAAACUGCAGUGUUCUUGUAUUUUUAUUUUUCUUUCUCUAUCGAUGUGAAAUGUUUUUAUUUUUUUUAACGAUUAAAAUAUGUUUUUUUUUUCUGUUUCUACCAAAGGUUAUCGUCGGUUCUAUCGUUCUGUUGGCCGUCAGUCUAACGGUACAGUCGUAUCCCCAAGGUUACGGACACGACGAAGACGAGCACGUGGACUACUAUGUGAGUAUACCGUACAUACGGUCGUCAUAAUAUUAUCGGCGGUGUUGUCGGACGCGAAUCCGUGACAAUGUUUAACAUUAUAUAAUGUUUAAUAUAUUCAGUCAGUCAUGAUAAAUGGAGCCCUCGAGAACCGCGGGAACUUCUACAAACGACCAACUCGAAAUCCACGCGUCAACCAUUCGCAAACUUUUAUCUCUUUAACAAUAUUGUAUCGUUUUUCUUUUCUACCUCUUUUUCUCUCGUCUGGCCUAUUACUCUCCAAGAGUUUUUGCCGCCAUCACUUAAUCAUUUCAUUUAUCUCUAGUACUACAUCAUUUCAGUUUCGCACUCCUAUAAAUCUUCCAGAUAUUUCUCAACAAAUUGAUUUCCUUCUACUGGGUGGCUCUGUCGUUUCUUUUGGUCUGAUUUUCAGCCCACUAUUAUUCUAAUGGUUGUAUCAUCAUUACGCCGCAUUGUAUGGCCCAGCCAUUGUAUUCGCUGGGUUUUUAUGAAGCCAUUUUCAUUUUCUUUGUACCUUUCUACUGAAUUUUCUUCCCCACAGGCUAGUCCCCCCCAUACACAAUCGGGUUUACAUAUCUUUCUCUAUAUAUUAUUUUCAAUCGGUUUCAAUUCAAUCUUUUCUUAGUAACAUUGAUGAUACGUCAUCACAAUCUUAUUAUGUUAGCGUGGGUCAUAUUUUUGUUCAUUUCAAAAAGUUUUGAUUUGAUGAAUUCACAUGGCACAAAGAUAUAUCUUUUUGCUUUUGCUAUCCUUACCUCAACUAUUUUACGCAAAAAAAUCGAAUCAUCGUGACUCUGUUAUGAUUAUAAUAUGUAUUAUGUACCUAUUUUGUCUGAUAACUCAUUAAACAAUAUUUGUCCGAAACCCGGUAUGUUUACACAGGCUCACCCCAAGUACUCGUACAAAUAUGGCGUCCAGGACCCGCACACUGGUGACUACAAGACCGCGCACGAAUACAGAGACGGAGACGUAGUAAAGGGAUCCUACAGCGUACACGACCCAGACGGCACCUUGAGAACCGUCGAAUACACCGCCGAUAAGGAGAACGGUUUUAACGCGGUCGUCCACAAGACCGGCCAUUCCAACCACCCGGACCACUACGAACAUUAUUAG